UCGAAUGUCGAUCGUUCACUGUGUAACUGUUGUUGACUGUAGUUACAGUUCCAUGUGCCGCUUGUCAUUUCCUAUUCACCAGCGCGCGCGCUUCAUUAUGUUCGCGCAGCUCAUGGUUGUCAAGGCGACGCAAAGCAUUCCAUAUAACAAAAGCAAACGUUACAAAGUUUUCCAAUGCACAUGCGAUCAAUUAAAACAUAAAAGUAGCGCUGAGGAGAAAGGCUGGAAAUCUGCUUUCAGUUUUGCAUUUCUAGCUGACAAUGGAACGUACUGAAUUAGCAUCACCUGACAUAGAGAGAAUUUAUGAAGACGAGAAGGUUCUAAAAGAAUUGUCUUCAAACUCCACACAACUCACAGACCGUGAAUCUGAUGCUGACAAAAGUAAAGAUCCAUAUAUGGAGAUGCCAGAAUCCAGUCCUGAGGAUGAACAAACCAUAACAACAUUUUCAGCAGACUCCAGCUACAUUGUGACCUGUAGAGUCAGCAUUGCAUUAGCUAUCUUGAAAGCAGAGCAUGAGGGGCAUAUCACCAAUUCUGAGAAAAGAAAAAAAGAGACAAAGAAAGACACAUCGAGUGAGGUAGUGGAGGCCCCCAGAGCCGAGGGCUAUUAUUGCAUUGAGUACAACAUGCUGCCUGAUGACCCUGAACCAACCAGAGUGGAUCUAGUGAUGUUCGGCUUGGCGGCUAAACUCUACAUGGCGAAUGAGACUAAGGUGCUAAAGCCUUGGCGAGAAGGAAACAAGGUGUGGGUGAGUUGGUCCCAUACUUUAGAACUCAAUGUCACCAAAGAGCUCCUGAUUAAACUGGCCUCUCAUAAGAUCACUGGGAGAGUAUGGGACAGCAAAGACAAGGUGUCUUUCAAAGCCAGGAAUGACAGACCCAAAGCCUUCAAACUGCCACAGGAGAGGACUGGAGAUGAUCCAGAACAAAUGGCUCCUAGUAAGAGUGGUUUAACGAUAGAAAAGAGCCAAACGUCAUCCACUAAGAAGACACUGUUGCAGAAACCCACCCAGGAUACUGCAGAACUCACCGAGGUCAAACAGGAAAAGGAGGCCGCCUCACUGGAACUGAGUUUCGCUCCUCUCCUUGCAGAAUAUAUUUUUAAAACAUCAGCUACGUGGCUGGCAUGUUCUGUCUCUAUGUUAGGGAGUAUGAUGCUCUCUGACUGCCUGGGAUUCUGUUCCGGAGAAGUACAAGAGGGAUUCUGGAAUAUAACUCUUGAUCAGCCACUUUUAUCUGAGCAGCUAAAAGCUGAACUCAAUCCACUAGUCAUCACAGUUUUAUCAGCUUCUUCUCUGCCAUCAUCCCCAGUUCCGUUCCAUGUACUUAAGGCAAAAUGUCAUCCUGUCUACUGUCAGUACAAGUUUUGCAACAAGCCUGUUUACAGAACCAAAGGCCAUGAUCACAAUGCUAAUAUCUUCUUCAAGGAUGUGAAUGUGAUUUUUACUAGUCUGCUGAGCCCUGGAAAGCUGCGUGAGUUUCUUAAUGGUCCACCCAUGAAGAUCGAAGUCCAUGAUCGGGAUAGAAAAAAGGAAAAACCCUGCAGUACACCAGCUAUAUUUGGGACUGACCCCAAAGAUGCCAAAGAUGAUUUAUGGGUCACGCGUAAUGCAUUAAAGGCAGAUACUGAACUUCAUGAUCCAUACGGCACCGCAAAACUGGAUCUCUCAGAACUUCUUCGAGGAUGCAAAUAUUUAAAGCUUAAAUUGCCCAUAAAGAGUUCUUCUGAUGUUCCCUCAGAUAUUGCAAUACCAAUGGGUCAUUAUCUUGAAGCUGACACCCAACUGAAAGUCCAGGUGGAGAUAGCACAUACCCUUCAUCAUGAAGACGGCAACAGUGAUAGAGAUUGUCCUUUUGGUCGUGUCAUUUAUGUCUUCAAGUAUAACAAUGCACCUGUCUUAGCCAAACUGACAUCAGAAAUUCUGCAGAUCAAUGCAGAUGCCUUCCAACUAAAGCAUAAUCCAGAGGAAACAAUUCAAAGGCUCCUGUCUGGUCAUAAAAUAAGAACCAAAGACAGUGAGAACAAAAGGCUGAAUGUUCUCACUGGAUUUCAUAUGAUGGAUAAGGCUCUACACCUUUUUGUUCUGGAAGGAUUCAAGGAUCAAGCGGUCAAAAGACUGUGGACUACAGUGCCUAUAAAGUUGGAUGGUGAUGAGGAGGAACAGCUGACUGCGCUGUAUAACUCAGACUUGAGUUUCUCAGAGCGCCUGUAUGACAUGCUUGACGUGGGUUUGAGUCCCAUUUGCCUUGUAAAGCCACUUGAGACCAUUUUGAUGGAGCCUCUGGUGUUUAUCAGAAAUACAGUUCCUCAUGCCUGUCUUGAAGCCUUGAAAUGUAUAAGCCACAUCUGCAAAGCCAAGAAGCUUCAAGAAGUAGUGCACCACGACCUGUUCCCAUCAGCCAACAUGAUUCUAAGCUUAAGCAAGGAGUUUGGAUCAGAUCUUGGGAGAGGAGAGCUAUGGUUGGUAACAGAGACCCAGCUAUCUCAGGAUAUACCUGAUUGUCAUAACAUCAGAAAGAGAACUCGGAAACCUCUAGACAACUUCAACAGAGAAUACUUCCAAAGGAAAUGGAAUGAGGGUAAUAACAUGAAGGACUUUAUCCAGGCAAAUAUUGAAGACAUCCACAGGGCAAGUAACAAUUUACAAAAGUCAAAGCCUAAUGUGUUUUUGGAUAAUAUUAUUGAAGGUCAAACAACGAAUUCCCCUGCUCUACUCUACAGAGAAUUUCCUAAGGACUCCACUUGCAUUCGCUUCUCUUACCCAGGUUUUAAGAGCAGUAUUGAAUCUAACCAGCACCCGAAUAAGCCAGACGAUGCUCGGAUAGAGGAGCUGAGAAAGCCUUGGAGAGAAAACAUUGUACAUGGAAACAAAUUGAAGCCUACGCUUUCCAGAUUCAGGCUGCCGUGGAUCCACAGACAUCAGGAUUUUGAACUGUACUCCAAGCCCCUAUUAGAUUUUGGAGCAGAACUCCCCCUGAGCAUUCUUUUACCUGGAGAGGCUCUACAUGAAGUACAUGCUCAGUACAACGGGUGGCAGAGGAAGAUGUCGCUCGAUGAGACCUCUACAGGAAGUGGAAGAAUUCCUGAAUUCAGAUGUCACAUGAGGAGAGCUGGUCUGGAUAAACUACAAGACAUACUGAAGGACAAGCCCAUGAAAUAUUCUCUGAAGAGGCCAGGAAUGGCUUUAAAACCCAUUCCCGUUAUUUCUGUGGUCCAGCCUUCUGAAAAGCCUGGCUCAGCAGAGAGGGAGGCCAAUAUUCCAUUUGCUCCUGGACCCUUUCAGAACCACAGCCUGAGCUGGGACAAAAACACAAUUCCUAGAUACUCAUCCCAGUACAGCAAAUUCCACUUCAGAGAUUACUGGAGGCCACAUUCCUUUCUGCACAAGCGAAGUGUUUUACCGCUCACAGAUGAAGAGAAAAACAAACACUCCUGUCGGAAACCUGCUGAAGCCCCAAAGACACCCAUGACAACUGCCCACUUCAAACACAGCAGAAACAUCACGGAGAUGAGAACCAACAAAGACAUCACCUUACAUGUGCAUUAA